UUUUAAAGCUGAAACUCGUACGCGCUCAAUGGAAAAUUUUAGUUCAAUCUAAGUUGAGUAAUUUCUUGAUAACUUUCAUUUUACUGAGAGGAUUCUUCAGUGGAAAAAGGAGAAAUUAUCACUGUGAGAGCGCAAUGAUUAUAGACUGAAGUGUAUGAGGGAUCAAAGUAUCUGAAUGAUAAGAAUUUGAAUGAUUUUUACUACUACUACUACUACUAGUAAAUAGUCUUGCUUAGCAUUUGCAUAAUUAUUAGUAGUUGUCUUCGUCCUGUCCCCGCAAUGGCUGAGGUCUGCGAGCGAAUGCAGGAAGUCAUCGAGACCUGCCGGGAACCUACGAUUGAGAAUGCUGAGGCCCAAGUCGCGAUCGCAAUUCACAAAACCAUUCUGACACAGUUAUUCGAAGGAACGAAGUUUGUUUUUCGCUAUACUGACAUUCACCUUCUUAUGAAAGACAUUCCUCAAAUUUCCAAUCACCUUGUGAAAGAAAUCCAGAUAAAUAUGAACACCAUCCAACCCAUGAGCUCCCGACUGCAGAAAAGCUCUUCCUACUAUCAAGCGUCUAUCAUAGAACAAAUGGACUCGGCUGGAAAUUGUGUAGUAUUCUAUAAAAGUUACUUAAGUUGGCCAUUGAAUUACCGAAUGAUGACAAGAAGAUAUUCUGGUGUGGUGCGGUGCGCCGAGGCUGUGGUGUUGGUGCUGCACAAACUUGCUACGCUCACGCACGAUUACAACAGUUUUGUGGACAGUAUCGGGUACAGCCGGGUGGGUUUGUUCCUGAUUGGCCGACUGGCACCCGGUGUGUUGGACGCAAGUUUCCAGUCGACGAUGAAAUAUCUGUUGUGGCGAUGUCUCUUCACCAGCAUGUAUUACGUUCUACUCUACAAGCAUGGGGACUGCUCACAAUGCAACGAUUAUCUCGAGCAGUUCUGCCAAUCUCUGCACAAGAACAUACUGGAGUCUUUUCAGUUCUUCUGCGUUGAAAAAGCAUCGCCCCAUGACGAGGCCGACCCAUGCUUCGUGCCGGCGCUGGGGUCCGAAUUAGUGUCCAAGUGCCCGACGUUCUGCACGGACGGGGCAAUCUUGUGGAAAAAUUCCGUACUGAAGUUCAUCAAGCAGCUCGACGUUUACCACAAGCGCAUCCUUGAGGAUCCCAGAAACUCGGAAUGCAGGGAAAAUUUGGCGCAUGUUGUCCUUGUGAAGCCUCCGCUGCCCGACGCUCUACUCGCCAUCGUCGCUGAGGUGGCCAGGGCAAAGCUCCUGGCGGCGGUCGCCCUCACGCCUCAUGCUGGCGGCGUCGAUCAAAACUUACAAUUAAGUUACAGCAGCUUCAAUAAAGCAUCUCGUAUGCUGAAGUGUCUGGAUCUUACGAGUAGCAUCGCCUAUGAGAAUUGUUUCAUUGACUGCGCACUCACGCAACUCUCAGGAGUCCUUCUGUACGCAAAACUGAAGGGCGCGGGGUGUUGCUCUGAUCGCACGUUCGCGGAGGUGGUGAACGUGUGCGCGGUCGCCGGCAGGGACAAGAACUUCCCGCGCUACUACAUCGCAGCGAGCGUCGUAUCCUACCUACACUGCUUCCUUGAUCAGUACUGGAGGACAAAUCCCUCCAGCAGGCAAGAUCUGCAGCAUUCCUCUCGCUUGGCUGCAGAAUUUCUGAAGGAAGAAACUGCAGCGAAGGCCGCGCUUAUUUAUCUGUGCACUGAGAUACGUAGGACCUGCACUAGCAGCCUGCAGCAGGGCAGGAGGUCUGAGCCAGGCCUGCUUGAACAUCUGCUUUUCGCAAGUCACCUUCUUCUGUCUUCAGUUGCAAUAUUCGAUCAGCUUUCUUUCGUUCAUGAAACUUCAGAAAAGAACAAUGCUGCCCUUGAAAGAAAAACUGGAAGUAAAAGAUCUUCGGCAUCAUCUAAAUUAACGAGAUGGGCAAUUGAACAUAGAAACUGCUUCGUUGCUCAAAUGAAAUGCAGUGAUGAACGGGAAAUGAAUAUUUUAGAACGUCGUCUGCCUGCUGAUGACAGUUACUGCGCAUACAAGGAUGGUGUUCUUGAGUUGAACAAAAUCAGAAUCGCCGCCUCUCGGUAUUUGAAUGCAGCCCAAAAUAUGGUAUUAGGUUUAUUAUCUGAGAAGACAUUAAUUGAUGACGGAAAUGUUGCUGCUGAAGUCAAUUAUUCAGCUGAGACCAGCAACGCCUCGGUCGAUAUGAACGGCACUGUGACUGCAGAAGAUCAAAAACAGAUAAACAAGCAAAGGAAAAGUAAAAUGAAUAAAUUUAACAAAAUUAAUGCACAUUCGAUGAAAAAUGAAGCGCUGCCAAAAAUACAGGAAGUUGCACUAGCAAAGGAUGGAUACUCGCCUGCUCAGAAACUAACGCAAUUCAAUUUGGAUGAAAGUGAGUCGGGUAGAUCGGCUAACAAUGAUGGGAAAUCUGCCAAGAAUCCAACAAAAUUUGCCAAGAACCAAGCAAAAUCGGCCAAGAAUAAAGAAAAAUCUGCCAUGAAUGAAGAGAUAUCUGCCAAGAAUGAAGCAAAAUUGGCCAAGAAUAAAGCAAAAUCCGCCAAGAAUAAAGAAAAAUCUGCCAUGAAUGAAGCAAAAUCUGGCAAGGAUGAAGCAGAAUCUGCCAAGGUUGAAGCAGAAUCUGCCAAGGAUGAAGCAGAAUCUGCCAAGGAUGAAGCAGAAUCUGCCAAGGUUGAAGCAGAAUCUGCCAAGGAUGAAGCAGAAUCUGCCAAGAAUGAAGCCGAAUUUACCAGGAAUGAAGCAAAAUCUACCAAGAAUGAAGCAAAAUCUACCAAGAAUGAAGCAAAAAAUGAAGCCAAAUCUGCCAAGAAUGAAGCCAAAUCUGCCAAGAAUGAAGCCAAAUCUGCCAAGAAUGAAGCCAAAUCUGCCAAGAAUGAAGCCAAAUCUGCCAAGAGUGAAGCAAAAUCUGUCAAGAGUGAAGCAAAAUCUGUCAAGAAUGAAGCAAAAUCUGUCAAGAAUGAAGCAGAAUCUGCCCAGAAUGAAGCAGAAUCUGCCCAGAAUGAAGCAGAAUCUGCCCAGAAUGAAGCAGAAUCUGCCAAGAAUGAAGCAGAAUCUGCCAAGAAUGAAGCAGAAUCUGCCAAGAAUGAAACAAAAUCUGCCAAUUAUGAAGCAAAAUCUGGCAUGAAUGAAGCAAAAUCUGCCAAAAAUAAAGCUAAAUCGUUUAAGAGUGAAGCAAAAUCUGCCAAAAAUAAAGCAAAACCUGCUAAGAAUGAAGCAAAAUCUGCCAUGAAUGAAGCAAAAUCUGCCAAGAAUGAAGCAAAAUCUGCCAAGAAUGGAGCAAAAUCUUCCAAGAAUGAAGCAAAAUCUUCCAAGAAUGAAGCAGAAUCUUUCAAGAAUGAAGCUGAAUCUGCCAAGAAUGAAACUGAAUCUGCCAAGAAUGAAGCAGAAUCUGCCAUAAAUGAAGCAGAAUCUGCCAAGAAAGAAUCCAUAUUUUCUGUGAAUGAAUUAAUAUACACAGAAAGUGAAAUUGAAUUGAUGGAAAAUAGAUCAAUAUUAGUCGAAAAUGAACAUGUAAUUUCAGUUAACAAAAUUGGAUCGAAAUCAUUGAUAACUUAUGCACCAUCUGCCAACGAUGAAGCUUCAUUAGAAAAUAAUGAAACAUGGCGCCUCACCAACGAGCCUUCAUGUCUCACCAUCAAACCUGCAUCGGUCGGAGUUGUCACUAUAACAGCCCAAAAUAAAGUUCCAUCAAAUGACAGUGACGUUCCAUCAGUUGGCAGUGACGUUCCAUCAGUUGGCAGUGACGUUCCAUCAGUUGGCAGUGACGUUCCAUCAGUUGGCAGUGACGUUCCAUCAGUUGGCAUUGAAGUUUCAUCAAAUGACAGUAAAGUUCCAUCAGUUGGCAGUAAAGUUCCAUCAGUUGGCAGUAAAGUUCCAUCAGUUGGCAGUGAAGUUCCAUCAUAUUGCAGUGAAGUUCCGUUAGCUGGCAGCGAACUUUCAUCCUCAGUCGCUGAAACCCAUCGUUCCCUUCAGAAGGCAAACUUCAGGAGGCGAUUAUCAGUAAAUCCUGAAUCCAGUGAGGGAAAAUCGGAAGAAAAUGUGUCCAGUGAGUUGCCAUCUGUAGAAUUCUUCUGUGAAACAAUUUCGAAAGCAGAGACCUCCACAAGCCUGUUAGACCCUCCAAAAUUUCCAGGAUUUCAGAAAGAAACUUCGUCUAAAGCCGAAACCCCAGUAUCUCAAUGUUCUAUAAUAGGUGAAUCUGCAUUUUCGGCAACAAAUAUUGAAGAAAUAGGUUGCUCUUUGGAAAUGAUAGAGGGAGAGGGGAGGCCAUUGCCUGUGAAACUCGGUUUAAAUCAGUGUGAGCUAUCCUCUGCACAGGGUUUACUAGAAUCAAGGAAUCAAUUAUCAGGAGAAACGAGUGCAACUUCUGCUACAAGAGGAAGGAUUUUUCGCAGAGGCAAGAAAAGUGUUUGGGCUCGAUCUACUCACGAAUUUCCUGAGUUAUUCCGUUGUACGGAGAUGCCAAGCACACCUUCCAAACCGAAGAAGAAAGGCUCAUCCCGUACCAAUAAUUCUAAAUUGGUCUCAUCCAGCGAACUUCCUGUGGUAAAAGGGAACUCUAUGGCUAGCCCUUGCUCAGCUUUCAGCACGAGAAAAUCGGAUGGUUCCGCUCAGAAGUUUCCUAUUCAAGUUAAUAGGAAUGCACCAUCCACUUCACAAAGGUCGAGCGCUGUUAAUGCCAAGGAACUUUCCUCAUUGAAAACCUCUCGAAUAAAACCAUGUUUUACUGGGAGCAGUAGCAUGUCUGUCCAGCCUUUACAAUCUGCCUCAGGCAGCAAUGCGACUGCUGUGGAUGUCACCAAGGAAUGCAAUACUUUGGUAACCAGAGUAUUCUAUUCGACGAUUCUAAAGGGAUCAGGUACUUCUUCGGUGAGUGAAGUCAGCAGCUUAGCCCAUGGCGUGCUUCCUGUCGAAUCAGCAGAGUCCGUAAGAAAUGGAAUCGCUCAAAAAACAUCAAAAUUGGCGAACGAGACCACAUCUCGUCUUACGUUUGGAGACUUCCUAGCCGUUGACAACGACGUGGCGCAAGAUCUUGUGCCACCUGCCACGGCACUUAUGCCACCUGCCACGGUACUUGUGUCCCCUGCCACGGAACUUGUGCCCCCUGCCACGGAACUUGUUCCCCCUGCCAGGGAACUUGUGUCCCUUGCCACGGAACUUGUGUCCCCUGCCACGGAACUUGUGCCCCCUGCCACGGAACUUGUGCCCCCUGCCACGGAACUUGUGUCACCUGUAUCGGCAAUUGUGCCACCUGUAUCGGCAAUUGUGCCACCUGUAUCGGCAAUUGUGCCACCUGCAUCGGCAAUUGUGCCACCUGCGUCGGCAAUUGUGCCACCUGCAUCGGCAAUUGUGCCACCUGCAUCGGCAAUUGUGCCACCUGACACAGGAAUUGUGCCACCUGCAUCGGCAAUUGCGCCACAUCCAUCGGCAAUUGCGCCACAUCCAUCGGCAAUUGUGCCACAUCCAUCGGCAAUUGUGCCACCUGCCACGGCUAUUGUGCCACCUUUUACGGCACUUGUGACCCCUGCCACAACACUUGUGCCUUCUGCCACACGUCUUGUGCCCCCUGCCACGGCACUUGCGCCUUCUGCCACACCACUUGCGCCUCCUGCAUCGGCACCGAGUGGCCACGGUGUACCAUCGGUGGACCGGUGGACUGAAUGGCUGAAGGAACGCGGCAGAUUGAAUGGCUGCAGUGGACUUAGUGCCUGCAGUGGACUUAGUGCCUGCAGUGGACUUAAUGGCAACAGUGGACUUAAUGGCAACAGUGGACUUAAUGGCAACAGUGGACUUAAUGGCAACAGUGGACUUAAUGGCAACAGUGGACUUAAUGGCAACAGUGGACNCCCUGGUGGACCGAGUGGCCCUGGUGGACCGAGUGGCCCUGGUGGACCGAGUGGCCCUGGUGGACCGAGUGGCCCUGGUGGACCGAGUGGCCCUGGUGGACCGAGUGGCCCUGGUGGACCGAGUGGCCCUGGUGGACCGAGUGGCCCUGGUGGACCGAGUGGCCCUGGUGGACCGAGUGGCCCUGGUGUACCGAGUGACCCUGGUGGACCAAGUGGCCCUGGUGGACCAAGUGGCCCUGGUGGACCGAGUGGCCCUCUUGGACCGAGUGGCUCUCUUGGACCGAGUUGCCCUCUUGGACCGAGUUGCUCUCUUGGACCGAGUUGCUCUCUUGGACCGAGUGGCUCUCAUGGACCGAGUGGCUCUCAUGGACCGAGUGGCUCUCUUGGACCGAGUGGCUCUCUUGGACCGAGUGGCUCUCUUGGACCGAGUGGCCCUCUUGAACCGAGUGGCCCUCUUGGACCGAGUGGCCAUCUUGGACCGAGUGGCCAUCUUGGACCGAGUGGCCCUCUUGGACCGAGUGGCCCUCUUGGGCCGAGUGGCCCUCUUGGACCGAGUGGCCCUCUUGGACCGAGUUGCCCUGGUGGGCCGAGUGGCCCUCUUGGACCGAGUUGCCCUGGUGGGCCGAGUGGCCCUGGUGGACCGAGUAUGGAGAACGUCACUGCGAUUUCCCCCGCUAUUCAGACAAUUAACUAUUCGCUCCGCGGAUGUACAGUUGUCUUACCUCCGAUUUUUUUGGGAAACGUUGCUCCGCCAGCGCCGCUUAAUUAUCCUUAUGAACUACCUUUCUCUUCAAUGGGAGUACCGACGACUUCAGGGACCAAUAUACCGCCGUGUGUUCAGCUGCCUUCGCCCCCUCCGAGGGAUACAAAUGAAAGAACAAAUGGCGAAACAUAUGGCGGAAGAAAUGAAGGAGCAAAUGAAGGAGCAAAUGAAGGAACAAAUGAAGGAGCAAAUGGUGGAACAAAUAUCGGAUCGCAUGACGGAUCGAAUGGCGGAUCGAAUGGCGGAUCGAAUGGCGGAUCGAAUGGCGGAUCGAAUGACGGAUCGAAUGACGGAUCGAAUGACGGAUCGAAUGGCGGAUCGAAUGGCGCAACAUAUCUGCGGUAUCUCACCCCAAUCGAGUACAAUGGUGCGGUUUUCUACGGUGAAAGUUUACACGAUAAUCGCAAUUCGCUACCAUUUGCUGAUUACAACGAACAGCAAGCAGAAAAUUUUAGUGACCGUUUGCCUGCGUUCGGUAAUACAAUGAACCAAAAUUCAAUGGUUCAUGACUCCUCAGAGGUUCCUCCAUUAAAUGGUUCGUUGGUUCCUGCAUUAAAUGGUUCCUUGGUUCUUCCAUUGAAUGGUUCAAUGAUGCCAGCUGCAGGGACGAUGAUGCCAACUGCAGGGACGAUGAUACCAGCUGCAGGGACGAUGAUGCCAGCUGCAGGGACGAUGAUGCCAGCUGCAGGGACGAUGAUGCCAGCUGCAGGGACGAUGAUACGAGCUGCAGGGACGAUGAUACGAGUUGCAGGGUCGUGGAUGCAGACGACUGUAACAUUUUUAUGAUGACUGACUCCUUUGACCUCGUGUAAUUAAAUUUUAACAGCGUUGAAUAACUCACUGGUUUUAAUUCGUUUAUUAAAUGCAUCUAUAAUAAUUUUGAAUGCGUUCUCCGUGUUGUUGAAUGCAGUAAUAAUGGCGAGGUUAUUCCUUCAAUUCAAAUAAAAAUUAAUUUUUCAAUGAAGCACAAUUAAGUCGUAUCCUUAUUUGAGUUGACUAUUCCAUUGUUGUUAUCAUUAUUGUUAAAUUUUUGACGCACCUCAAUAGGUUUUAAUCUAGGAACUGAUAAUUGAUGAUCUCUAUGCUAGGACGUUCUGUGCUGAUGGUUUGAUAUUGUUAUAUUACAAUUAAUAGACCUGAAAAAAUGCCCUUAAAUUUCAUUCCAACUUUGAUAAGCUUCAGUGGGAGCGCAGAGUUAUCAAUGAUGAAGAUUUCUAAGAAUUGCGUCAACGUUUAAUUAGAAACGUCGAUGAAAAUUUUGAGCAAAAAACAUUUGUCAUAGACAUGGUUCACCCAAACUUCCUAAGCUAUAUUUAUUUUGGUGUAAGAUACAUCAUGAAAUUGCGGUCACUGCACAGUCAGCUAGAUUUUCUAAGAAUACUAUGUUCAGUAUACUAACUAUACCAUCUUCAGUAUACCAAGUAUACAUGUUCAGUUUACUAACUAUACCAUGUCACCUAAUACUUAUUUAGGUCGAUGACGUACAAAUUUUCUCCUAUAAUUUCGGCUCAGGUACUGAAAGUAAUCUUAAGUAAUUUUUUUAAUUUUAAGCGUAAUAAAAUGACCAAGUGUAUAGAAUGAAAAAAUGCAAUUUUAACCUGGAAGUUAAAUGCCUUUAUUGAUUGGAGCGAGAGUGUAAUAAAUGAA